AUGGACUCCACCAGCGAAUUAACUAUCACAAUCUCCCACCGAGGAACUACGCACCCACUCUCACUCCUCCCGGAUUCGACUCUCGCGUACCUGCAGGCUCGGCUAGAAGAGCUGACGUCAGUGCCGCCGGACAACCAGAAGCUGCUCUACAAGGGCAAGAAGUCUGUAUCUCACGAUGCCACUGUCAUCGAUGCCGGCCUCAAGGAUGGUCUAAAGGUUCAGCUGAUCGGGCCUACAGCUGAAGAGCUGGGUGGACUGCAGGCCACCGAGAGCGAACACCAGCGGAAGGAGCGUGUACUCCGAGAACGAGCACAGAAAGUUCAUGCAAAGGUCCGGUCCACAGGCAGAGGGCCAUCUUCCUCCGAUGCCAGUUAUACCUUCCAUCGCAUCGAGCCACUACCUCACCUACCCAACCCGGCAUCUGCGCGCGAUUUGCUCACUCGCCUUGCUAAUGACCCCGCUAUCCGACAUGUCAUGCGCAAACACCAAUUCGCCGUCGGCGUUCUUACCGAGCUCGCGCCGCACGAGCAACCGCACCUCCUCGGGCUGAACGUCAACGCCGGCCAAGCAAUCAAGCUACGCCUCCGAACGGACAGGUACGACGGCUUCCGGAUAUACAAGGAGGUCCGGCGCGUGCUCUGCCACGAGCUCACGCAUAAUGUAUGGGGCGACCACGAUAAUAAUUUCAAAGAGCUCAAUUCGACUCUCAACCGAGAGGUCGCGGAAUUUGAGCGGGCUGAGGCCGCGGGCACGCACCAUCUCGCAGGCGAUGGCUUCGAGCCGACGUACUCUGCUCUUGAGACCGAGGCACAGGAGUAUGUCCUUGGUGGCGGAGGAUCUAGCACAAGCAGCGCGCUCGAUUCUCCGGAGGAACGCAGGAGGAAGGUCCUCGCUGCGACGAUGCGGCGACUGCAGAGGGAAGAAGAGGAGCUUGAAGACAGAUGCGGGACUGCUACAGGCCACGAGAAUUGACUCAUUGGAGUUUGCAUUUUGUGCCCAGCUUGAACAUGUACAGCGGCGUAUCUAAGAUCCUCAUAUCGAUCGGUGUAGAACAUCAUCAUUGCUGAAUCGCAUCGUCAACAG